CCCGCCGCCGCAGACGCCCAGGACAGCCCCCUUUCCCCGCCCCCCGCCCGCACCCUCCGGCCAGGCCAUGGAUCUGACCAGCAGCUCUGGCGGCGGCGAUCCCAGGCAGAUCGAAGAGACCAAGCCACUGCUGGGGGGCGACAUGUCGGCCCCCGAAAGCACGAAGAUGGGCGCUGUGCCGUGCCGCCGGACCCUGGUGUUGUGCAACGGCAUGAGGUACAAACUGCUGCAAGAGGGCGACAUCCAGGUGUGUGUCAUCCGGCACCCGCGGACCUUUCUCAGCAAGAUCCUCACCUCCAAGUUCCUGAGGCGCUGGGAGCCCCACCACCUAACGCUGGCCGACAACAGCCUGGCGUCCGCCACGCCAACUGGGUACAUGGAAAACUCGGUUUCCUAUAGUGCUAUUGAAGACGUUCAACUGCUGUCCUGGGAGAAUGCCCCGAAGUACUGUUUACAGCUCACCAUUCCUGGGGGAACUGUCUUACUGCAGGCCGCCAACAGCUACCUGAGAGACCAGUGGUUCCAUUCUCUGCAGUGGAAGAAAAAGAUUUACAAAUACAAGAAAGUCCUGAGCAACCCAAGCCGUUGGGAGGUCGUCCUGAAAGAGAUCCGCACCCUGGUGGACAUGGCCCUGACGUCCCCUCUGCAGGAUGACUCCAUCAACCAGGCCCCUCUGGAAAUCGUCUCCAAACUGCUCUCCGAGAACACGAACUUGACUACCCAAGAGCAUGAAAACAUCAUUGUGGCCAUUGCUCCUUUGCUGGAAAACAACCAUCCACCACCAGAUCUCUGUGAAUUCUUCUGCAAGCACUGCAGAGAGCGGCCCCGAUCCAUGGUGGUCAUUGAAGUGUUCACCCCUGUGGUCCAGAGAAUCCUCAAGCAUAACAUGGACUUUGGGAAGUGCCCGAGACUGAGACUGUUUACUCAGGAGUACAUCCUUGCCUUGAACGAGCUCAACGCGGGGAUGGAAGUGGUGAAGAAGUUCAUUCAGAGCAUGCAUGGUCCCACGGGGCACUGCCCCCAUCCCCGGGUCCUGCCCAACCUGGUGGCCGUGUGCCUGGCGGCCAUCUACUCCUGCUAUGAAGAGUUCAUCAACAGCCGAGACAACUCCCCCAGCCUGAAGGAGAUCCGGAACGGCUGCCAGCAGCCCUGUGACCGGAAGCCCACCUUACCUCUGCGUCUUCUGCACCCCAGCCCGGACCUGGUGUCUCAGGGAGCCACGCUGUCUGAGGCACGCCUCAAGUCGGCGGUUGUGACCUCGAGCGAGAUCCACGUGGAAGUGGAACGCACCAGCACUGGCACGCCGGCGCUGACAGCCAGCGCAGGCAAUGAUAGCGAACCCAACCUGAUCGACUGCCUCAUGGUCAGUCCCGCCUGCAGCACCAUGAGCAUCGAGCUGGGCCCCCAGGCUGACCGCACGCUCGGCUGCUAUGUGGAGAUCCUCAAACUGCUGUCAGACUACGAUGACUGGAGACCAUCACUGGCCAGCUUGCUCCAACCCAUCCCAUUCCCCAAGGAGGCGCUGGCACAUGAGAAGUUCACCCAGGAACUGAAGUACGUGAUCCAGAGGUUUGCAGAAGACCCACGGCAAGAGGUCCACUCGUGCCUGCUGAGCGUGCGGGCUGGCAAAGAUGGCUGGUUCCAGCUCUACAGCCCCGGGGGCGUGGCCUGUGACGAUGACGGGGAGCUGUUUGCCAGCAUGGUGCGCAUCCUCAUGGGCUCCUGUUACAAGACCAAAAAGUUCCUGCUCUCCCUGGCGGAAAACAAGCUGGGACCCUGCAUGCUCCUGGCACUGAGGGGAAACCAAACCAUGGUGGAGAUCCUGUGCCUGAUGCUGGAAUACAACAUCAUCGACAACAAUGACACCCAACUGCAGAUCAUCUCGACCUUGGAGAGCACCGAUGUGGGCAAGCGCAUGUAUGAGCAGCUUUGUGACCGGCAGCGGGAGCUGAAGGAGCUGCAAAGGAAAGGUGGGCCCACCAGGCUAACACUGCCCUCCAAGUCCACAGACGCUGACUUGGCUCGUUUGCUGAGCUCGGGCUCCUUCGGAAACCUGGAGAACCUGAGUUUGGCCUUCACCAACGUAACCAGUGCCUGUGCGGAGUACCUCAUCAAGCUGCCGUCUCUCAAACAGCUGAACUUGUGGUCCACUCAGUUUGGAGACGCCGGCCUACGGCUCCUGUCGGAACACCUCACCAUGCUCCAGGUGCUGAACCUGUGCGAGACCCCUGUCACGGACGCUGGCCUGCUGGCCCUCAGCUCCAUGAAGAGUCUGUGCAGUUUGAACAUGAACAGUACCAAACUCUCGGCUGACACCUACGAAGAUCUGAAGGCUAAGCUGCCCAAUCUGAAGGAGGUGGAUGUCCGCUACACAGAGGCCUGGUGA